AUGGAUGACAUCCUUACUGAAGGAGCUGAUCCCAUCGACAGGAGUCUUCCUUUGGAAGUUACCUUCACAGGAGAACAUGCUCAUGAUUUUGGUGGACCAAGAAGAAAAUUUUUUUCUUCCAUGAUGAGAUUGAUAAAGGAAAAUUUAUGCAUCGAGAAUAAAGAAGGUGGAUAUGAUCUUGAGGACAAUGUAACGGCACAACCAAUUUAUAUAUUUUGGAGCAGGUGUUGUUUUUGUCAGUAUCGCUGACCAUUUAACUCUAGAGUUAAAUGGUCAGCUAACUCUAGAGUUAAAUGGUCAGUGAUACUGAGAUAGAGUUAAAUGGUCCGCGAUACUCACUGUGCCAUACUUUAUUUGUUAUGUCCCAGAGACACAGAAUGCGGCACAAUAUUUCAUUUGCAAAAGAAAAUUCAACCGUAUCUGAGAGUAAAUUGUAAGAUGUUGCAGACCAAAUGUCUCAAAGUCUUUUAGCUAUAUCUUAUAUCCUUAAACCAGGGUCAAAAUUAUUUGACAGAGACACAACCGGGUCGCAUUCUCUGUGUGUUGGUUGCCAUUUAUUGUAAUCCAAUUAAAUGAAAAAUUAGUAACUUAUCGCGAUGGCUAUUUUUAGCCACAGUAUGUGAGGAAAUUAUAAUUUAAUGCAACAAGAACGCUAAAGUAUCUAUUUAUAAUUAUUUUAGGUUACAGCCUAUUUCAAGCUUUAUUCACUGAAGAAUCGGAAAAGACACAAAUUGAAGAACAAUUCGUGCAGGGAAUUGCCACAUUCGGAUUGAUUAAGGUUUGUAAAAACAAUUGAUUACUGAGACAUGGUGAUGGGUGGACAUAAAUUCAUUUUUAUAUAACAUGUUUCGUAUAGUCUGACAAAUUAAUUAAUUAAUAACAAAUGUUGCGCUCGGGAAAUUUAGAAGUUAUUCUUUGCAUUUUCUGACAGAUUAUUUAAUUAAUAAUUAACCAUUCAUUGUUUAGUUAGUUAAUAAAAUGGCGACGUUCUUUGCUGUACCUGUUCUCGCAGACUGCCGUUUCUUCGAUAACAUAUCCAAGGCUAGUGAAAAUUCUUAAGCCAACGUUUAAUGAGCAGGGAUCAAAUAGAAGAAUCCAAGAAGAAAUGGCAUACAGAUACUUACUACUGGCGGGUAUGUAAAGCUGGUUACAGACGAGCAAGUUUUCUAUGACACGUUUUUAUGUGACAAGUUUUAUUUGCUCAUCUGUAUGCACAACUUUGACAAUUUUGCAAUUCAAGCUAGCAUGUGCACUUGUCAUAAGAAAACAAGUGCACUUGUCAUCGAAAAAUUGUCAAAGUAAAAAUUUUGUUCGUCUGUAUGGGUCAACGAAGAAAACUUGUCAAAGUAAUCUGACAUUUGAUGUGAUUGGCCAGCUACUAAUAAAUUGUCAAAGUAAACUUGUUGACACGUUUGCACCAGUAAAUAAAACUUGUAGUAUGAAAACUUGUCAUAUCAAAUUUUGUUGUAUAUACACACAUGCACUUGGUAAAUAAAACUUUUCACAUAAAAACAUGUCAUAGAAAACUUGCUCGUCUCUAACCUACAUGGUACUCCUUUAAUUAGUGUGUGUUUAUUCAAUAUUUCCUCUAUAGUUUUUAUAAUAUCAUUUGUCGUUUUGUUUAUAUUAUUUAAAUUAUUUAAUUUAGCAUUCCAGUCAACAUGAUUUAAAUCUUGUAAGUAAUGUUCUUCGUUAAACUAUAAAAUAUUUUAUCUUUCUGUUUUUUACAAGUAAUAUUGAUAAUACAAAAUAACGGCAGAUGAUCAGAAAUAUCGAAAAGAGCAAUACCAGACAAAAUUUGAUGAGUAGGCAUGUUUGUAUAAAUAUGAUCAAUUAAUGUUUUUGAGUGAUCUGGUAUCCGAGUAGGCUUAGUAAUAAGUAGAAAAAAAUUAUUAGCAUACAACAUAUCUAGAUACCUUUCAGUAGAUUGAUGGGUUGUAUAUUGGAAAAAAGUCAAUAUUAAAAUCACCUAGUAAAAUCACCUGAUAUUUACAUUGAUUAAGAUGCUGCAACAACUCAUCAAGCUGCUCUGUGAUUUGUCUACAUUGCUGUUAACUGGCUUCGCCGUUUGUAAAAUUGAUCUUUCUUAUCCCAAUGUACAAAUUUUGCAAUAAUUCUAUUCGGCAUUUUCUUGGUUGAUGGCAGUAUAUGAUCGGUUGAGAUGUGGUGCUCGGUUACAUCAAUUCCUAUCAUUUCUCCGAUCUCAACAACAAUUCUCUUUGGAUUAUCUGCCGGCGAAACCAGCACUCCAGUACUGUUGAACGUUGUCAAUCAGUACUUGCUGGUCGUAGAUGUCUUCUGCUGUUUGUAUUCGUCUUCUAACUUCUUUAUCUUCUGAGAAGCUUCUGUGAUGUGUUUCUUGGUCAUUUGAAGAGAUUCUUUGAAAUUAUCGAAAUCGGUUGAUAAGUAACCUUGUGAUCAUUUGAUCUCGGCACACUUGUCAUUGAGCGCUUUUAUUUCAUCUAAUAUUGUCAAAAUCAAUUUUUAACUCUUUUUUAAUACUUGUAAUACUAGUUAAGAGUUUGCUUUCCCAUAUAUGUUUAAGGGAAGCAAUAGUCAAAGGUUCUACCUUAGGCGUAGGCGACAUAUUUACGGAGCUCGCAAAAGUAUGUCCGUUCUGCUCAACGGUGAUUGUUAAUUAGAAAACUAUAAUGUGUUAAUAUGCAACUGCAUUGAUCCCCAAGGUGGAGGAGUAGCUGUAUAUAUUAAUAAUAAUCUUCAUUUUGAUCAAUUAAAAAAUCUUGAAAGUAAUGACGACAAUGUUUGUCAAGUAAAGUUCAGUAAAUUAAGUAAGGUAAUUGGCAUAAUUUAUAGACCACCAAGAAGUGAUCCCAAAUAACAAUAAUAAUUGUAUUACUGAUUGAAAAGUCAAACGUUCCAACAGCAACAAAUUGGUUCAGUUUCGGCUAUAUUUGUGGACACAGGCCAAUAAAUCAUUAAUUAAAAGAUAAGUAUUGUAUUAUUUUACUCUUAUUUGGUAUAACUAUUGGUUUUUGAACAAUAUCAACUUGUUUAAAUGGUGCCUGUCACUGGGCAUUCCAUUCUGUGUGAUGAGAGAUGCAAUGUAAAAUAUUUGUCUGCUGUCCAAUUUAUUACCUUUACUUGGUGGUCAUCUUCGACCAUAUCUUUGUUUGCACCCUUCCAGGAGAAAAUGAUGACCAACUUCCAGAAUUAUUCUGCUUUUUAGGUUCUUCAUGUUGUUGAUGCUGUUAUCUUUCUGGCAGACAUACAGCUUGAAGAUAUGUUCACAGUGUUCAAUUGUAGUGUAAACAGACUUUGA